UAUUCAAACUUUAGAAUUCUACCUUUGUCGCAGACCGAGCCGUUGUCGCAACAUCUUUUCUUUUUGGAACCCAAGAGAUGGCGACCGUUGAGAACAAAUCUGUCGCCUGUUUUUACAUCUGGUAAACUGAAGGAAAUGUUCUCCUUGAUAUCAGAAUGUGCUGAUCAUCUGAUCAAAUAUAUGGAAAAACCAGCGACCACAGGUGAACCUGUAGAAUGUCGCGAGCUUACAGCCAAAUAUACAACCGAUGUUAUCGGUACCUGUGCCUUCGGCAUCGAAAUGAACGCAUUGUCAAACGAGGACAGCGAAUUUCGCAAGAUGGGAAGAAAAAUAUUCACUCUGAAUGGGUCAAAUCUGUUACGAAUAAGAAUGAGACAAUUUUCUCCAUGGCUUUUCGAUAAGCUCGGUUACAUCUUGCCGCAUACUGAGGCCACCAAAUUUUUCACGCGUGUUAUCAAAGAAAAUAUAGAUUUCAGAGAAACAAAUAAUGUCACUAGAAAUGAUUUUGUUGAUGUGUUGCGAGAAUUGAAAAAACAUCCAGAUAAGUUGGGUGAUUUUGGUAUGUAUUAAUCAUGUAAUAUCUAUGUU